GGGGCUUCCUGCAGCCUCAGGGACGAGCUGGCCGGAUCAUGGCCCAGGGGACGGUGAUCCACGUGGCCCCAGAGCAGCCCACCUACGCCGUGUGUGUGCUGGGCACUGAGACGCAGCUAGAUGUCUGCGGCUCUGCCCCCCCGGGCUGCACAUUCUUCAGCAUCAACGCCUCCCCGGGGGUGGUUGUGGAUGUUGCCCACAGCCCUCCAGCCAAGAAGAAUCCCACAGGUUCCUCCAAGUGGCCCCUGGACCCCGGGCUGGAGGUGAGCCUGAGGAUGACAGCUGCCAGCAGCAGCAUGGGUGACCGGAAGGUUCAGAUUUCAUACUACGGACCCCAGACCAACCCAGUCCACGCGCUGCUCUACCUCACCGGGGUGGAAAUCACCUUGAGCGCGGACGUCACCCGCACCGGCAAAGUGAAGCCCACCAAAGCUGGGAAGAACCAGAGCACCUGGACCUGGGGCCCACGCGGGCAAGGCGCCAUCCUGCUGGUGAACUGUGACAGGGACAACCCCCACACCUCCGCCAUGGACUGCACAGAUGACCAGGUGCUUGACGGAGCAGACGUGCAGGACAUGUCCCUGGUGACGCUGAGCACGCGGACGCCCCCGGACUUCUUCUCCAAGCACCAGCUGGUGCUCCACGUGGCCAAGUCCGAGAUGGACAAAGUCCGAGUGUUCCAAGCCAGCCACCGACGUGGCUCGACUGACAUUGGUUUGGCGACAAACCAAGUCCUUGCCUCUGCCAAGGCAUCACCGCCUCCAGGGGGCAAACAGCCCUCAGGGUACCAGGCGAUCCUGGGGCCCCAGCAGCCCUCACACCUCCUGGAGCUCCCCGGCGGCCAGCACAGCACAGACUUCUAUGUGGAGGGCCUCACUUUCCCAGACGCCAACUUCCCUGGCCUCAUUUUCCUCACCAUCUCCCUGUUCUGCACGGACAACCCGGAGCUCCCCAAGACCCUGGUGUUCCAAGACAGUGUGGCUUUCCGUGUGGCCCCCUGGAUCAUGACCCCCAACACUCAGCCCCCGAAGGAGGUGUAUGUGUGCAGGAUAUUUGAUAACGAGGACUUUGUGAAGUCAUUGACCACUCUGACCAAGAAAGCCAGGUGCAAGCUGACUGUGUACCCCUUGGAGGAGAGCAUGGAGGACCAGUGGAUGCAGGAUGAAAUCGAGAUCGGCUACACCCAAGCCCCGCACAAGGCGCUGCCCGUCGUCUUCGACUCUCCGAGGAACAGAGGCCUGAAGGAGUUCCCGAUCAAGUGCCUGCUGGGUCCAGAUUUUGGCUACGUGACUCGAGGCCCCCAAACAGGGGGCGUUACCGACCUCGACUCCUUUGGGAACCUGGAAGUGAGCCCCCCAGUCACAGUUGGGAAGAAGAAGUACCCGCUGGGCAGGAUUCUCAUUGGGCACAGCAGUUACCCCAGCGCCAAGAGCCAGGAGAUGCACCAAGCCCUGCAGGACUUCCUCGCUGCCCAGCAGGUGCAGGCCCCCGUGAAACUCUACUCCGACUGGCUGUACGUGGGCCACGUGGACGAGUUCCUGAGCUUCGUCCCUGCGCACAAGGGCUUCCGGCUGCUCCUGGCCAGCCCCAGGUCCUGCUACAAACUGUUCCAAGAGCAGCUGAAGGAGGGCCAUGGGGAGGCUCUGCUGUUCGAGGGCAUCAAGUACAAAAGGCAGCAGAAAAUAAAGGACAUUCUGUCAAACAAGAAACUGAGAGAACAUAACUCCUAUGUGGAGAGCUGCAUCGACUGGAACCGGGAGGUGCUGAAGCGGGAGCUGGGCCUGCGGGAGCGGGACAUCGUGGACAUUCCCCAGCUCUUCAAGCUCCGCACGGACUUCACCGGGACCCCCAAGGCCGAGGCCCUUUUCCCGAACAUGGUGAACAUGCUGGUGCUGGGCAAGUACCUGGGCAUCCCUAAGCCCUUCGGGCCCAUCAUCAACGGCCGCUGCUGCCUGGAGGAGAAGGUGCGGUCGCUGCUGGAGCCGCUGGGCCUCCACUGCGUCUUCAUCGAUGACUUCACCCCAUACCACCUUCAGCACGGGGAGGUGCACUGCGGGACCAAUGUGCGCCGGCAGCCCUUCUCCUUCAAGUGGUGGCACAUGGUGCCCUGAGCCUGUCCCCCGGGCGUCCUCUCCCUUGGGAAGCUCCUGGCCAGAGGCUCUGGUCCCCUGCAGUGUGGAUAGCAAGAGUUCUUGAGGACACGUUGGCUCCCCAGGGGGAGGCCCCCCUCCAGGCAGUGGCUUGCUUCUGUCCUCUGUGUCCCUUCCGAAGAUCCCAAGAUGGUCCUGGCAUUGCAAACUCAGUUCUGCUGUGAGAAGCUGCAAUAAAGUUUCAUAAUAAUCUCUUUGUA